UUUUAAGGACCUUGGUUGUAUGAACCAGUGGUUGGAAGACCCUGGUUGUAAGACGUCUGGAUUUAAGACCCCUCGUUGUAAGACGGCUGGUUGUUAGAAACCCUGGUUGUAAGAACCCCUGGUUGUAAGAUAUCCUUGUUGUAAGACCCCUGGUUGUAAGACGCCUGGUUUUUUGAACCCCUGGUUGUAAGAACUUCUUGUUGUAAGACCCCUGGUUGUAAGAUCCCCAGGGUAUAAGACUCUUGGUUGUAAGAACCAAUAGUUGUAAGACCCAUGGUUUUAAGAACCCCUGGUUGUUGUAAGACCCCUGGUUGUAAGAACCCCCUGGUUGUAAGACCCGUGGUUGUAAGAACCCCUGGUUAUAAGACACUUGGUUGUAAGAACAGUGGUAGGAAGAAGCCGUGGUUGUAAGAACCCCGGUUGGAGUACUUCACAGAGACGACUAUUUAUGAGCAAAAAAUAAAGGCUCCGGCCUGUCUCUCUUGUCUCUUAAGAUCUUACGAUCCAUUUCUGCUCUAAAGAGUUCAAGAAGUCGUUUUUCUUAUUCCUUCACAGCUCUAAAAAUUCAUAUCAGCUCAGACACAAAGAGCUUGCUUGAUCACCUUGGAGGUUAUCAUAUUCAAGAAAGAGGAGAAGUCUUCUUAAAGGUACAUUUAGAUAUUGCAGUUAUGUGUUCAAGACCGAAGCUCACCCAUAAAGACAGCUUUGUGCACUUCUCUGACAUGGAUGUACACAGAGACGCAGACGAUUUGAGGGCGUGGGGAGAUGGGGUAGGGAGCUGAAGGAGGGUGGGGCCGCUCUACUGGCGAUUUGCACGUACCCGGCAGAUAGACCCUAUUUUAUCAUGUAACUUUUGGCUGGGACUUGUGCGCGAUCGUGUUACAAAAGAUGUUUCAACCAGCUCUGCAUCGUUAGACAAUUCCAUUGCGACACGAUUCUGUGAAAAUACGCCUUCUCUAAGUUCUUGUCCCAUCACGAUCGCAGCGAUGAUAAAUCCCUCGAGUUUUACCGUAACGCCCCUUCGUGAACCCAACUUGCCACGCUGUGUAAAUCAAUCGAAUCAGAUGCACUGUUCCCUAUCUUUUCCACUGUGAUAUGAGGUACAAUGCCUGCGGAACUUAUGUCGCAAAAUCAUUACAGCAAACUUAUUUCUUUAAUUCCUUUUGCAAAGGCCAGGCCUUUAUAGGGCAAUUCUAGGGCUAUAGGGCUAUACCAUGCUACCAUGACUACCGUUUGGCACCAAAUUUUUGCGGGUUGUAAUUUUUGAGACAUUUGAGCUUUUUUCUUCAUGACCGAUACCCUGGCUCCAGAGGUCCCUCCUCGAAAUACGGCCGAGGAUGAAAUAAACCGUGUUCACAGUAAACCGUGGGCACGGUAUUUUUCAUCCUAGGUACAGUGGAGCCUCGAUUUAACAAAGGGCCAAGGAACUGACAACAUUUGUUUGCUAUAACGAGGUUUCGUUAUAUCGGGGUUCCUUUUUCAUAUAUUUUACUAUUACUAGGGUAAAGAAAAUCGUUCGUUAUAUCGAGGUUCCUCUGUAUUUCGAGAACAGACCUCUGGAGCCAGGGUAACUGCAUGUAGCUUAAUCAAGCACAUAGUGUUGCUAUGCCAGUUGAACGCGAAUUCCUGAAAGUCGGAAAAAAAAUUAAUCACCCAGCGUCAGUGGAGAAAGACCAGUCUCGCAAAAAUUCAUGCCACGAGAAUACAAGAAAAUCCGGUGACAUCGUCAACAAAAUUACACUUGCGCAAAAAUUUAGUGUCACACAGUAAAUAAAGGGUAGCUGAGUAUUAGGCGUUUCUGGGGGAAAAGGGGAAAGAUGGAAGCGAAAAAGGGAGAAAGCUGAAGGACAGUCUUUCUCUUCUCCCCCCUUCCCCCUACCCCAUAUCUAAAAUCUCCUCUCCCCUAGCCCCUUAGGAAGGCCUGAUACUCAGGCUAAUAAAGGGUGAACUGGUCGCCCUAACGCAUUCAAUAUUUCAAAUCCCAUAGGGUAAAGGCACUUGGAUAACAUUUUGGCUCGAAGGUUCGAACAUGGCUCCCCGCGUACACGGAGGUCUGCAUAAAGAUAAGCACUGUCCGAAAGUCGUGCCUGCAAAACGACGCGAAAGCCGCUGGGCGCUUGUUAAAGAAUUACUUCCAAAACUUACAAAGCAGGCGCAAAAUGGUACUUUGACGCCAGUUAAGAUCCCAUCGACGCCGAAAAAAUGCGUUCAGCUUCCUCCAAUAUCAUAAUGUGGCAGCGGGGGAACUUAAACAAGGCGUGGCUCGUUGAUGUGGUUUUGUUGUCGUCCAGCAAACUCUUCCUGCGAGGGUGAGAGCAUUCACCUCGAACAGUUAACUACGACGACAACAGCUCUUUAAUAUAAAGCAACUGACUACGUCCGUUAACCAGAGGCGGAAAAAAUAAGAGCAAUAACACCUGCUUUACUAAGAAAAACUGUCAGCAUAUAGGUCCCAAGUGCCAUUCUAAAUGGAUCACAUGAACUUUAAAAACACAGAUCUGGGGAGAAGAGCCCCACCGUAAUCAAUCCAUAUUGUCUUAUUUACUGUAUGUAUGCGCACUCCUAACCGUGCGCGAAACAACACUAUCAGUGGAAAAAAGAAACUUUACGGCCAGCAAUAUUUGCUACAUGUAUACGAGAACAUAUAGUUAUCUUAGUGUAAAUCAUAUCAUUUUGGAAAAUAACUAAUUAAGAACUUGCUGACACGUUCAACGAGAAUUUUUAAACCCAUAAAUCUCAGGUAUGUUUCGCACUAAAUAUUACCGAAAUCAUCCAGAAUUGUUGCUUGAGUUGUCCCAUUUUUAUUUAAUUAUGCUUUGGGUAACUGUUUCGGCUCUAACAUAAUGAAUUGGGAGCUUAAGUAAAGGCGUUUUUGGGCGACGCAUGUCAACCAGAAGUGAGGCCUAAAUGCUCUAGUCAUACAGAGGAAAUUUGCCCCAAUUCAGGGCAAAAAACCUUGCCCAAGAAUGCAAGACGUCCACUUCCGGUUUAACGUGCGUCGCCAUAUAACAUCUUAAGCUCGACUAAGUAGUAUUUAAACAACUUUACUGAAUUUGAUAUGACUAACAAGGGGGGUGGAUGUGCGGAAAAUGGCAGCAAGAUGGAGAUGACUUCCUAUCAAAAGGGGGAUAGAUAUAUUAAAAUAUUGUAUCGAGGAUAUGGUGAGAGAACUACUUGUCAACGAAAUAGAUAUCACGACGAUAAUUUUUGAAGGAUUUUAAUCUCAAGAUUCAAACUGGCAUAUUUCCGGGGAACUAAAGAAAAUAAGCUUAUUUAUAAUCUGUUCGACACUCAGUUCAUUUCUGUUUGAUGGUAACUUAACUAAGUAGCCUUUUAACAAUCCAGUUAAUGGCGGGCAUUUUAAGCCUUCUUUUUGGUCCUCAAAACAAAUAAACAAGGUAACAAAGAAGCACAAAACAGUCUUUAAACUAGAGAAAUGCAAACUGACAUAACAAACAAAUUUAUAUUUAAAACAAAAAAGAAACCAUAAAAAAAGGAGAACAAAAACGGUGCUUGAACGCCUUGUAGGACAAUUAAAAUGUGUACAUGUUGUAAAUUAAAUAAUUGAAAAUCUCUUACUUUUGUAACUGUAUUCUGUCUUCACGGGAUUGUUCUCGGUCAUGAACGUCAUCUCGGUUGCUGAAUUGAAUUACACACUAGACGUCAGUGCCCUAAAAGGGGCUAUUUUGUACGAAAUAUUGCUAUUUUCGGUCAAUUCUGCAUGUGGUGAAAUCAUAACUAUACACAAAAUGUUCCUGUGGCGGUUAUAAUAAAGAAGAUGUUAAACAAAAUUCAUCAGAGCACCGUAACCAUAUUAACUUUUUGAUGAUUUUGCAGGGAUAACAUUACAUGUAAAAAGCUUGAAAAAAGUUGGCCCAACAUUUCCAAGAUUCAGUCCAUGUUCAUCCUUGCCAUCCGUACAAAAGACGAUAGGAAAAAGUUUCGGUGCCUAUAAUAAAUAUAGUUUUUGAUAAGAAAUGCAUAUUUCGCAAACCCGUACCACUAUUUUUCGAAUUCACGAAUUGAUGAGUCUUUUUUAUAGCAUAUAGCGUGACAUGACCCCUUUAUUAGUCUCCCUCGCAGCCGUUUUUAGUAUUGUCACGCAACGCUCCUCCCAAGGAGCGUUGCGUGACGAUACUAAAAACGGCAGCGAGGGAGACUACCCCUUUAUAGACUAACCACUGGUUUUUUGGGCGUAUCACCUGACACAGCAGUCGACACACAAAGGAGUUUUUCGCUUACCUACCUAAAAACAACAGAAAAACAAAGAAACUGUAAACUGUAUCUGCGAACUGAACUUUUUAAGGUAUAGAAAAUUGCUUCCCUUCACUUAACGCGACAAAGCCCUUUAAUUUCGAUGUCACCAUUGCUUUGGGUUUCGGUCUCUAUAAAUGUAACAGUUUUACUUUAUUAUAAACGGAUUUGUUUAUACAGAGAGUUAAUAAAACGAGAAGGAUCGAAAACCUGCGGAAGAAGGUUUUAUUGAUUAUUACUGUGAAUGACUAGACAUUUUUACUAUAAAUCAUUUGAAGUACUGAAGAUCCGCCUCUGCUCCGGAUACAACUGUUAUUCAUUUUGUCCUGUUUUCGUGAUAAAGUACUUUUAAACACUUCAAAUUGUCACCAUUAUUCAGAGAACUAUCAGUAGAAAACCGCUCUGUCGAUGAACUUUCAAACCAAGAAACAUCCGAUUAAAAAUAAAGUUUUUCUUGUGAAGAAAGCAAGCAUAGUACUAUCUGAUCUUCCAUGUGAAACGAUACUGACUGACUCACUCACUAAACCUUAUAUACUGCAUGUUCCUAAUUUGAAUAGGAUUUUCCUUGUGGGAAAGAAUAUUUUGACUAGAGAUGUAGACAGUAUACGGAAUUAGAGCGGAAAAAGCAGAACUUGCAGUCUUACUGAGAGGAAGAGAGUGGUCUUGAGAAUCCGCAAGAUGUCUGCCCGGCUUCACGACCAUUUUACAUAAUUAACUACGUUGCCACUUGGUUCGUUCUUGGCCUUAUGCUUUUUACAAUUAAGUGUGUGAACGCUCAUGAAAAAGGAAAUGUAAUCGUAUAUUGAAAGAGCGACUCGAGUAUGGGUAUCUCCGCCUAAUGCUAACAUUUGUUUCCAGGCGACAUCCCUUAUAAGCCAAUUUAAGUUCAAGCUCAUUUUAUUUGCAUUCCAUGUUUAUACCUUGAGUCAUAUAUUACUUUCUUGGAAAGGUGCGUAGUGGCCAAAGGAGCAAAGCUUUCGAGUUGGCCACUACCACAGUGGAAAGAAUUCAAAGAAAAGUGUGCAAAGAUUAUAAAACACAGGUACGCCGAAAAAAUAAAUGAGAGUAAUAAACAGAAUACCGUAAAUGAAAAAGAGCCGGCAACCGAGAAGCUAGUCUGCUACACAGCCGUUUUUAGUGUCGACACGCAACGACCGAGAAGGAGGAAAAAAACAUAUAUGGAGAUGACGAUUGCUAUCAAAAUUUCAGUUAUCGAUUGAUGUUUUAGCUUAAGGUCUAAUAUUAUUUUAAAAUAUUUACAUUUUUAGAAAUCUGCUGCCCGUUUUCUAAUUAUCAUAACUUACUUUUAAUAUAUUUUUUCCAUAGGAAACACAUCCGAGAAAGGAAACUAACAUAGGUACCAUAAUAGUGAAUUAACAGGCAUGUUGUGUACAAAUUAAGUUCCGGAUGUAAUAAUAAAUAAUAACCAGUAAUGCAGAAAAAUCAACAUUUAGGUUAGGUUGACGAAGCCAGACUAUUAUUCUUACUAGAAAGACAGGAUGUCUUGUCCUUCGUAUCAAUUGAUCUUUUAAAUCAGUUCAGUUGCUCAUACUUGACAUACUUAAAAUCCUUAUUGCGGGUAUUUAAUUACGUGAAUAAAUAUUCCACUUUUUCCCGGCUUCUGUCUCCCAGCAGUGAAAUCCCGCGUGUCAGAAAUGGCCAGAUUAUUCAUAAAUGAGAGGAUUGGUGCAUAAGUUUCAAUAGAAAUUGUCUUAUUAACUGAGGCAAUCAAGUCCAAAAAGUUUAAAAGCUCAGUCUUAGACGUUUCUAUUGCCAACCCACUAGACUUUCGUGGGAAAGACUGGUGCUAGAAACAUCUGAAUGUCAACGAGCUUUUCAGAGUCUUUUUACGGUAGUAAUUGACUUGAUAAAACCAGCCUAUUGUGUUUUAGUUUAUUCAUAACCUCUCCAAGUCAACAUCAUAAACAAAUGCAUCAUCGAUUGAAAGGGGAAGAAGAAGCAAACAAAAAAAACAAAUCGGUGGCAAAAAGAACGAAACGGUAAGCUGUCGCUAAAUCAAAGCCAAAACCAACGUCUCCUGUAUUUUAAGCAUAAAACUAACUCCUUGACUAAGUGAAAGUAGCUUUAUUUUAUUAUUUUUAAGCUAGUCACAUUUUAUCCAUGCACGAUAUUUGAAUUUGGGACGGCCUAGGGUUGUGUUUCGCAUUUGAACCGAUGUCCAGUACUUCUUUAUUUUCUUAAAUAAGGGCAGGUGGUUGCGUGGUAUUGAACUCAUCCGAUUUCUUUCCGGUCAGGAAAAGCGGAAAAUUGAUUGUUGCUUUGUACGGUUUUGCUCCGCGUUUACGUUCAUCAGCCCGGUUUGUGGUUCAAGGUGACGGAAAGCGAGCUGAGUUCAGUCACCCAUCGUCACUGCGGUCUCCAUAAUCGACGCAGCAAAUUGACGAGAAAUAUUUCUUCAUUCAAAGACAACAAGUACGUAAGGAAAUCAUCUGAAGGUAAGUGAUACGCAGAUGCCCUUGUCUUGAAUUGCGCAUGCAAUACUCACAAUGGUGCUAAUUAUUUCACUCGUAUCAUUAUUUUACAUCCCUACUUUUCUUUCCACUUCUCUCCGAUAUUUAUCAGAAGAGCUGUUGUUAAUUGGAAGUUCAAAAAAUAUUUCAGUAGUUUUAUCCAUUCGUCACUUACCUUUGGAUCUCGGCCCUGUUUCAGCAGGUUGAACAACAUUUCCUUCAUUGUCUGCUGAUUGCUGAAAAGUAAUUUUAAACGAACGCUAUCGGAUGUUUCGAAUAUUUUUUUGAAUAUAAAAAUGCUAUUCAUCCGUCAGGAGAGAAAUGUAAGAAUAUAAGCAACAAAAAACACAGCAGAAACAAAACCUGAUCCUUUAAAUGUUUUUUAUAAAAUAAACUGUCGGUGAACAAUUUCAUCAGCAAGCAGGAGUUGGCUUGUUUUGUUGACUUAUAUUUAUGAUAAUUCACCAAACCGGUAAUUAACCAACGCGUCAAUAAAAAUUUCUUUCUUUUUUUUCUCUUUAAAGCAUUUUAACAAUCACACUUCUACUCGGGGGCCGAAAGGGGGCCGAACAAAGAGAGUCAAAUAUGAAAUUGUAGAUCCGGCUGGCUAUUAUUACACCCUGGCGGCAGGGAAGACCGACGUAUGAGGAAUCAGAUCGAACGCCUUGAACGGUUACGUCACAGAGGUGUCCGUCUGAUCGGAGGAUACCUUAUUGUCGGGCAAACAGGUUUAUGUAGAGACCAGUGUGUUUCAGUUAGCCAACCAAUACAGGUGUCUCUCCUCGCUCCUUACCGCUAAAGACGUUUCGCAGAAGACGCCUCAAGCGGCGAGGAGCGACUGAAGAGACGGCUGUAUUGACCCAGAUUUUUUUUUCAGUCGUUUCGUCGGUCCUUUGAAACUGAUUCCAGUUCCUACGAAGAAGGCUCUUCUUUGUUUUGAAGGCUAAACAAAUAUAUGGUUUUGCAGUGUAAUUGUGAAUACGCAAAUAAUCUUGAUGACGAUCUUGUGCGAUUAAAAACACUAGAACAGGUGAAAAAUUUAUCAAAGACAGAGAAAGAACAACCGUGAGGAUUGCAGUGUUCACUGCGUGAUUACCAGCGACUUCUACCUUCUUAAACGUCCUCUGCUUCACAUGUAUUCGCGCUAGACGUCGCAAUAAAAAAAGAGAAACACUCUGAACUAAAAAAACAACAACAUCAUCAACAAAAACAACAAAAAAACAACAAAACCGCCAACAGCAACAAAAACAAACGGAACGCGAAUUUUGGGUAAGAAGUUUAGCAAUGCCUAAAGUAGCCUGUUCCAGGCGUUCAGAUCCUGGGGACGGGAAAAACAGCGACGCCGCCACGCUCCACAAUCAGAACGCCUGGAGCAGGCUAUGACCAAAGGGAGUCGAAACCAUUGCCUGACCAUGUUCUCAAAACGUUUUCAUCCAUAGGCCACUCCCUUUUUUUUCUUCGUUUACCGUCGAAUGCGUUUCCUGAUAUUGGGUCGGUCGGUCGGAUGGAAAAAAAAACCUAAAAAAAAAAUCACAAUAAGUCUCGGAAUAGUUGGCCCUGGUACCCCAGGACGGCGUUAAAAGUUAACAUUCACAUAUUUGGAUUGAAAUAAAAAUGUACAAUAUACUGUGAAAAAUGUUCAUGUUUUUGUUUCUGCCAGUUUUCUCUAUGCUGUUACCAAGAGAGAAUUUUACUAUGCUCAGUUUUCAGAUAAAAAGAAUUAUUUCAAGUGAAAAAUGGUGUAACUAUGUUCUUUUUUUUUUUUUUUUUUUUUUUUUUGAAAAUGGCAAAAAUUUGGGUCGGUCGGACGACGGUAAACGGAGAAAAAGAAGAGGAUGGCCAUAUGGUAAAAAUGUAUUAAGACUCUAUCGAGAAACCUUGAUAAUCUCUAAGUUCUAAGCCGGUUUAACUUGGAAAGAUGGAAUAAAAAAAUGAGGUGUCAUUAUACCGAAAGCUACAAUAGCUCAUCUGUGACCAAAAAGAGAUGUUUUGACUGACUUCCUUUGUCAGGGGGGUGGGGGUGUUGUUGAAACUGCAGUAAAGUGUUGUUCCUCCUUUGGCGUUGAAAGCUCAACUACUCGUGAGUAAGUCAGAGAAGGAAAGAUACUGCCGGGGUUUGCUCCAAAAUCCUCCCCAACUUCAAGGACCUUUAAUGGCGUUUGUACUGAUCAUGACCAGUGAUCAAGAAAGGGAAGAUCUGGUUAACCUCAAGCGGAAGGAAAACGUGGAGAUAUCACGGCUGGAUGUCGUGUUCGCUCACAGGGAAGAAAUUUGCAUUGGGAAUAUUUUUGUUUGCACUUUGACUUAUCUCGAUCUCCUGAUAUUUCUCUCACGUACGUUGGAACGAGUAAAUAGGAGUGCUGGGAAAGAAUAAUAUAUUAGGUUAGCUCGUUAAUUUCAUUCGUAACUUAAGGUACAAAUGUCUAGCGGAGCCGUGUAGAAAUUUCUCAAUGGCACGGGAACACUGAAAUCUGACCCGCAAUCAGACCACUUUGCUUUAUGUUUUUUCAUCACCAAACUGAAAAGAAAAUCGAGUAUCUAAAAACCAGCUAUCAUAAAGUUGUAUUCCUUAGCACGAUUUUCAGUCUUUACAGUUUUAAGCCCUCUCCCAAAAUUGGCAAAAGUCAAAAUUUGACAAAACUUCCAUCUUUCGUUUUGUAAAAAGCUUGUAAAAUACAGCUGUUACCCCCUUUGUACACUUUUGUGUCGAAGAACGUGAUCUCUGUUUCUGACAUUUCAGAGAGAAUUCAUUUGAAUGGUAACAUCAAAGGAUUUGGUUUUAUAUGCAGACAAUUUUUAAAACAACGACUCGAUCAAUUCUCUGGGAACCGGCGAAAGAGUCCAGCUGUCGUGGUAUAUCCAAUUUUUAUACCUUAUAUUAUGAUCCUUCGUCUGGACAGCGCUUGAAAUACUCGUCGAUUGAAUGACUGGAGAAAAUAUACAGAAAAUUUACAAUUUACAUCUUUUAAAUUUUAGUUUUGUGAAUAAUCAGAAGUUAUAAUUAACUCAGUAAACAAUACAAUUUUAUGUCCACUCUUAUAAACUUGUUCCUCCGUUCUAAAGCCUUUUGUGCAAUCGCAAUCACUAUAUUUUAAGGGCAAUUUUCUUGCCUGAAACUGUGCUUUUAACUGCCGAUUGACGAAAGGUUAACGCAGAUUUAUACAGUGAAAAAAAAGGAAAAGAAAAAGAGACAGAAAUGAAAUAAAAACAUCUUUGUAAAGUGUAUUUGUUCACUUUGACAUUGCCACAUGGCCCUCGACAAGGACUGUAAAUUGGCUUAUUAAUAUAGGAGACAGAAAUACACAUUGCUGUUGAUUAUUGAUUUUCAUAACAAUAUAACUUCAUUUCCUUUCAAUUUUCCCAGGCUUCUCGAACUAUUAGUGUGAAAGAAAGGCAGGAACUUAUAAGAAAACAGCUGAUACUGUCAAGACUAACUUGUCACAUCUGCCGAAUACAAUUUUUCAUGAGCGAAGACCGGUUUAAAGCGACGACUAAGGUAAGGUUCACUGUUUCAAAAAAACAAUGACACUUAAAAACGAAAAAAAAAUAAAGAUAUACAAGUUAUAUCUCCUGGACCAAAGGGGGAAUUUCAUAUAUCCCAUGAUGCAUCGCUUCAUACUAUAUUAUCAAAGCUUCCGAACGCACGUGAUCCUAUCAGUUCAACAGGGACGUGACAGUUGAACAACGGUGGAAAGCGACUUGUUUUGCCGAUAAAACGUUCUGUACCUUUGCUGUGUCGAUCUAUUUACGAUUUUAGUUUUACUGUUCCAAAUAUAUCACUUGUUAAGUCAAAGAGAGUGUUUUGGCGGCCUGACUAUGAGUUAACUAGCCUUACAUAGGCAGUCCACGCAAAUGUUCUUAGAAGCUAGCGAGGAAGGUCUUUGCUUCAGUACGUCCUGUUUUAACGUGCGUUGAUAAAACUCUCCAUGGAUUAACAAGCGAUUUCCACGUACUUGUCAUGAAAUAAAUACAUAUUCUGGGUGUGAGAUUUCUCUUCGUUGAUUGUUUGUGAUCGCGGUGCUCAUAUUGUCAGUUCAAUAAUUCAUCGAUGCAGUACAACAACUGUACGGUCACCGCACAUGCUUUUACUUCAACAAGCUCGGCUUAUGCAGUCGAAAAUACCGAGACCGUUAAAGUACAAGGUGACGUCUAUCGCAGAUAAAAUUCAGAGGAGGGGAACAGCUCCAACAAACAAUAAAAAUAACAAGGACAUCUAUAUUUUUCGUAACGCAACACCAGCUAAGCAUCAUUGUCAAAUAUAAACAGAAAAAAGCUUUAUUAAGAAGUGGCAAAAUACAUACACAAAAACACCCACUUCUUCGCUAGCUACAAUGGAUCCUAAAAGAAUUAUCAAAAUUUCUUUAAAGGUUUUAUACACCAGUUGAGGUCCUACGGCAUGCUAUUCUAUGACAUUUGCUGGCCUGUAUAGUUCAGGUUCGCCAAGCGCGGUUGCGGCCAUCACGAGAAACCAAUCAUUACUUAAAAUAAUGAGACAAAAAAGCUUUUAUGCUAUAACCCAUUGAAUUUAAACAUUCAUCAUACCCUCAAGAGAUAAUAUUUGUGUUUUGAUCAGCGAAAAAAGAGCGAAUUAAAAAAAAAUGUCCCAUCUUCGCAGGACUUAGCACAAAGAAAUUGAAACUUUCGUCUUGCAUCUAAGCGGAGAAAGGGCAGAAAAUGUGAUAUUUCAAAACGACUCGUUGAAACCCAUAAAAAUCGCGAGGUCGAAAGAGGUCGGAGCGUGGAACUAGUAUCAAGCACUCCUUGUCCGCCGAUUUAAAUAAUUUAUUAGGGCAAAACCUUGCUAGAAUAAAGACACUUUUCGAUAAUUGAAAGUCAUCUAAAUAAAUAUUCACUUGCGAGUUAAAACAGCAUGGCUUAACAGGGUCGUAAACGAGAGCAAUAAUGCGUGAAAUGACCAUGGAAACAUUUUACAUUAUCAAUGAUUAACAGGGCUCAUUGAAACUUACCUUGGAUGAGCUGCAUCUUGAAAUUCAGGUCGUUGAAAAUCUCCCCCUGCUCCCUCUGCUCCCUCGAACCCCAGGGGCCCCACUCACAUAUUUUAAUGACGGGGUCCGACAGAGGUUCAUAUUUUAUACCCCAAAAAAUCCCAACUUCAGAAUUUGUCUACCCAAAAAAAUUCCUACUUUUUUUAGCAUACCCAAAAAAAUCCCACAAUGUUUUUGCAUCAGCAAAUUUUAUUAUUUAUCUUCUGGAAACCUAAAUAAUGCCGGCAUAGCCUGAGUAUCAGGCCUUCCUAAGGGGAUGGGGGAGAGGAGAUUUUUGAUGGGGGAGGGGGGAGGGGGGAGAAGAGAAAGGAAGGCCUGACACAAAACCAUUCAGCAAAUCGUGUGACACAUCCAGAAUCUGGAUGUGGCAGUGAUUGGAUAACACACAAUACGCCAUGACAUCACCGACCGCAAGUAAACACGAGCAGAGUGUUUUGAUUUCAUGUGGUAAUUUUAUGGAUAGAGACGCAGAGAGGAAUUUAAAGAGACUCUAGAGGGCGCUCUCAAGUUCUUUCCGGGAAUAAAAAUAAAACCCGAGCAAGAAUUGUGUUUUCAAACCCUCGUAGUUAAAAGGAAAGAUGUUCUCGGAGUAUGGAAAAGCCUCAUAUACCAGCUUCUGCCGAAACUAUGUCCGAGUAUUGGUUUCACGAGACCAGGAUAAAGAAGACGAUAUCAGUGCUUCGGAUAUCUAAGUUUUGAUUUACAACAUCCUGCCGCUAAAAGGGUAUUUUUACUGUAAAUAAAAUUAGAGCGAGGUAGCCAUGUAUAUUAUUGAGAAUAGCCGACAGCACCAAGGCGUUAGCUUGACUUUAGAUUUUCCCUUGGACGAUUUUCGGCCUGAUCUACAGCAGCUUUUUAGCUGCCAGAUUCUCAGGAACCUGCUUAUUAAUGAGCGCCGUUGUUGUAACUCUGUAAACAAAAGCAGUUUACAGUUUUCCGGGCACACGUUUAUUUCCAAACAGAGCGUUGGCGAUCUUACAUUAGCACAAUUCCUAAAACAUGUUAUAAAACAUGUUCAAAAACUGCAGGUUUUCCAUUACAAGUAUUCGAAAACUCCUCAUUGGAGGUUUCAGAAAAAGCGAAAUCGUAGCAACACAGGCACCAGUACGGUGGCCCAUAAGGGACAUAAAAACCCAGCUAUUUAUUUUGGGAAAUUUGAAUGGUAAAACGUAUUAUUUUUAGGUUUGGGGUCUUAUUUUCAGACCUAUAAUUUUUUCUUUGUAAAAGCUCAAGUUUUUUAAGAACUCAGAUUUUUUCAAAACUCAGGGUUUUUUUUCAAAACUCAUGUCUUUUUUUAAACUCAGAUUUUUUUUCAAAACUCAAGUUUUUUUAAAAGAACCCAGAUUUUUUUCAAAACUCAUGUUUUUUUUAAACUCAGAUUUUUUUUUCAAAUCUCAGGUUUUUUCAAAAACCCAGAUGUUUUUCAAAACUCAGGGUUUUUUUUUCAAACUCAGAGGUUUUUUCCAAAACCCAGUUUUUUAUUGUCAUGAAUAAUGCGCAUGUUAUAUACCUGCUCAUCACGAUUGCUGGCUCCAAGAAAAUGACAAAAUGGCGUUGAUGAUCAAAAUGGUUUUAUCUGUUUUCUGUUUCAUUUUGUGCCUUUCACGUGGAACGAACAUAAUGUCUCCGUACAUUAAUAUUCCUGUGACAUCAGGGAAUUGUAACCGUAAUUCUUCGAUUGAAUGUUACUUCAAUCUUGAUUGAUUAACCGCCGCCUGGUAAGCUCAGUUGGGAGAGUGCCGGUCUGCCGAGCGGGAGGUCGCGGGUUCAAACGCGGGUUCAAUAACCGAGAAGAAAGUGCUGCCUUUGUCAUGACAUCUGCAAAUGGUUAGACUUUCUAGUCUUCUUGGAUAAGGACGAAAAACCGCACUUUCACUGAUCUGUUCAUGUGUGGGACGCGUAAAAGAACCCACACCAAUGUUCGAAAAGAGUAGGCGACGUAGACCCCAGUGGUGUGGCCAACCUCUCUUGACGGGUUGUGGGAUUGGGUAGGGAUGGCACCUUGCAUGGGACCUAUGAGUCCCGUUUGUGCCCAUUCCCAUUCCCGUGUACGAGAAGAAGGAAGCGUAGGAUUUCUUGGUACUCCAGGUUUGAAGUAUUGAAGUAACAUUCAAUCAAAGAAUUACGGUCAGAAUUCCCUGAUGUCACAGGAAAGUACGAAAUCAUUAUGCUCGUUCCACAUGACAGGAAUAAAAUGAAACAAAAAUAUAAUUUAUUUCUGAAAGAAAUAAAUAGUUUUAUUCUUAAUGUGACUGAUUAAUGUGUCAUUUCUCCAGCUACCAGUGAGGGGGCGUUCCUGCCAUCCUGAACAUUACAUGUAUGUUUAUAAGACAUGAAAGCGAGGCUCAAAGCCUCUCUCCUCACUACAAGAAGAAGGUUGGAAAACAUUUUUCCAUCCCUUCGGUUUCCUCCCCUUUUGCUCCACUUUCAUCUCCCGGAUGGCGGGUGUGCCCUCACCUUUGCUGGGAUAAUCUUCUUGAGUAUCCCGAUUUUCCUAGCUUGAUAUGCUUAAAGGAAAUAAACGGCCACUAUUGUGGCCAAAUUCAUCCCAAACCGGAAUUGUCAUUAUUUGGUAUCCCAACUAAUAGAGCUAAGAGAGACUCUGCCAAAAGCAAUAACCGACUUAAUAAUUACUAUCUAAAGGGACAUGAAGCAUAAAACAGAUAAAAACCAUUUUGAUCAUCAACGCCAUUUUGCUCAUUUUCUUUGAGCCAGCAAUCGUGGUAGGCAGUUAUAUGACAUGAGCAUUGUUCAAGACGAUAAAAAACUUGGUUUUCAAAAAAAAAAAACCGAGUUUGAAAAAAAAUCUGAGUUUUGAAAAAAAACACCCUGAGUUUUGAAAACAUCUGAGUUUUUUUAAAAAAAACCCUGAGUGUUGAAAAAAUCUGAGUUUAAAAAAAACCGUGAGUUUUGAAAAAAUCUGAGUUUUAAAAAAUGUUUUAAAAUAUAAUUAAAAAAAAAACUUGGGCUUUAACAAAGGAAAAAAUGAUAGGUCUGAAAAUAAAACCCCAAGCGUGAAAUAAUACGUUUUACCAUUCAAAUUUCCCAAAAUAAAUAGCUGGGGUUUCAUGUCCUUUAUGGGCCACGGUACCACCAGAGCUCGGCCAGACCGUAUGGUGAGAUUUAUUUUAGGCGACCUUUUUGACACGUGAAGCUGACAACCCAAUGACCGGAUGUGAUUUUGAUUGGAUGGUUUCGAAUCAUGCUGUGUGGGGGUGGAAGGUUCCAGUAAAAGCAUCUGUGUCAGGCGUUUCUCUCCUUCAGCUCUCUCCCUUUUUCGCUUCCAUCUUUCCCCUUUUCCCCCAGAAACGCCUGAUACUCAGGCUAAUGCCGGCAUGCCAACUUCAACUUUGGUUUUGGUCAAAAACAAAACUAUAAAUUGCGCUUAUGUUAUUUUUGAUUUGAGCUGAUAAAAACUACAAUACCCAAAAAUCCCUCUGUCAGUUUUCGCGACCCAAAAAAAUCCCUUUUGGCCAAAAUGUCAAACCCAAAAAAAUCCUUCGAACCGCCCCGUCAUUAAAAUAUGUGAGUGGGGCCCCUGGGCCUCGAACGCUCUUUCCACUGUGGAGAGAGAGCUGAGAGGAGAUAGAAAUUACUCGCGAAGCAUCAUGGGAUAUAUGAAAUUUCGCCCCCUUUUCCUGGACUCUUUUGGCUCUUGAUCUAAGGGAAAAUUCUAAUAAAACAUAUCGUGGUUGAUCAUUAUUAUUAUUAAUAUUUUAAUUAUUAAUGAAAUAAUGAUGAUGCUAUACGGGUAGUUUCUUGGUGUUGCGGACCGGUGUGAUCAUAGCCUACGUGGCAGGCAUUCGUAAGGGAAGGGGAAGGGAAUUAGCGCGCGAGACCGCGCGAGAGAGAGGAGGGAGGAGGAGAACGCCUGCGAGGAAGCCAUUGUUUUUGCCAUCCCGCCUAUAGCCUGCGUGGCAGGCGUUUGAAAGGGAAAGGGAGUUUUGGGACGCUAUCCCGCCUACUAAUUAAAAAAAUAACAAAAAUAACGCAACUGUGAAUGACUAGCUGUCAAAUACGUCUGACCGCGAUGCACGUAUUCUAGUCGUAUUUCUCGCACUGUUUUUCUUUUGUUUUCCUAAAACAAGAAAUCUAAAGUAAAGGUACUAUAAAAAAAAAGUUCAAAUGCGGUCGUCCAUCGAAGGAAUCUUCCUUGAAAGUUGCAACGACGCGUGUCGAGUUACAUAAAGUCCAGCAUAAAUCUAUUCAAGUUGUUGCUAAAGGAAUCGGGGUGGAAAACCAUUUACUAAGAAAUGUAGCGGCUCUUCACAACUUUCAAUGCAAUGUUUGUCUAAGAAAAAUUAAAACACUUUGCCGUCACGCACUCUUUGAAUUUCUAUCAGGACGAAUUGGAUCCAGCGGAGCACACUAAAGAACGUGGCGGGGAAAGAAGAGCUGAACUUCGAAGAUCUGCAAAAAGGCAACAAUUCAAUCACUAA